GUUAUUUAAUGACAAUAAAUUAAGAAAAACUAUAAAAAUCGUAAAUUUCUCAUUUGAGUUAUCAGUGAGUGUAGCGUCCAAGUUAAACUCUUAAGGUCAGAUAUCCUUUAAAUAAUAUUUUCUUAUAAACACUAACAUGUCUUAUAUACAUGGAGGAUAAUGAUUGGAAAUUGUUAUUAAAUAAAUUUAAUUUUUUCCCAGUUACCUUUAAAUAUGCCACUGCUCCUCCCCUCCCAAAAAAAGGCUUUGAAUAAAAUCUUAAGACUUGUAAAAAUUAUAUAUAAUAAACCUACUUUACUACAUUUUGAUUUUAUAAUUACAAGCUAAUACAAUAAAAAACUGGUUUAAAAAUCUGGUGAAAUCAAUAAAUACUAUAUGAUCAUAAACAGAAUAGUAUAGUAACCAAGUAGUUGUGUGAAAAAUAAAUAAGUGUUGUUAUAAGAACAAAACAACAAAGUUUUUUUCUGAAAAUAUGUAAGAUAACAUCAGUAUCUAUAAAUUAUAAUUAUAAGCACCUUAUAACAUACUCUACAGUAACAUUUUAGUGAUUUGGAUUUAUAAACUAUAAAAUUAAUGAUUUAACUGAUUGACAAGGCAAUACACAAUACUCGUAUGACGUUGGCAAUAAAUUCUUUACUUAUACAAGCAGGCUGCCGACUCACCAGCGGACGCUAUGGAGAAGAAUCAUUAUCGAUGUGAUGUAUGCGACAAGUCGUUUGUUAAAAGUAGCACUUGGACCAUUCAUAGAAGAACACACACGGGCGAGAAACUAUACGCAUGCGACGUAUGUGACAAGUCGUUUGUCGAAAGUAGCACUUUGACAAUUCAUAGACGAACACACACAGGCGAGAAACCAUACGCAUGCGACGUAUGCGACAAGUCGUUUGUUAAAAGUAGCACUUUGACCAUUCAUAGAAGAACACACACGGGCGAGAAACUAUACGCAUGCGACGUAUGUGACAAGUCGUUUGCCCAAAGUGGCACAUUGACAAUUCAUAGACGGACGCACACAGGCGAGAAACCAUACGCAUGCGACGUAUGCGACAAGUCGUUUGUUAAAAGUAGCACUUUGACCAUUCAUAGAAGAACACACACGGGCGAGAAACUAUACGCAUGCGACGUAUGUGACAAGUCGUUUACCCAAAGUGGCACAUUGACAAUUCAUAGACGGACGCACACAGGCGAGAAACCAUAUGUAUGCGACGUAUGCGACAAGUCGUUUGCUGAAAGUGGCAAAUUGACAAUUCAUCGACGAACACACACGGGCGAGAAACUAUACGCAUGCGACGUAUGUGACAAUUCGUUUGUCGAAAGUAGCACUUUGACAAUUCAUAGACGAACACACACAGGCGAGAAAACGUGCUUGAGUGAUGUCUGUGAAAAGUCGUAACAUUAACUUCAACGAUUUGUGAUCAAUAGAAUCUAUAUUAUUGACGUUU